ACAAAUGGAGAACUACCUCUAUUUGCUGAAGGACUAUGUUGUAAAAAUCUUUCAAACUGUUAUUUUUCACUGAUUCCGCGUCUCUUUGGAGGGUCUGUUUGGCGGCCUUGGGGACUGUGAGACGACCUGUUCCGGAGAACAGGAGGAGCAGCUCGGGUUUUGCCCGUUCCGUCCGCUGUUUAGCGGUUUUCUGAUCUCUGCCUGGAGGUUUUACUGCAAACCAAGUUAGCUCAACAGCUAAUCCUAAAAGUCACGUCACCUGUGUGGACUCGAGUUAAAAGUUCCCCCCUAGAAGUGGGACAGCCGGGCGGUAGUUAAGCAUCAGCGGUUACCAAACUUUGUCUCGAGUGUUUUCGCGCGGGGUUCGUAUUUUACUUCAGUUUCAGUAAAAAUAUAUAUAUCGUCGUCAGAGACGAUAGCAAGUGAAGCGUAUCUGCGGGGAUCGUGGUCGCUCUGUCUCACAGUCACACACAGACACGGGGAUUUAUCGGCGGAAAUGCGAUAGAGGGACGGCAGCUGCGGUGUUGAGUCCGCUGUCUCGGCGGCUCUGGGUUCGCUGCCAGUGAGGCCUGCGGGUCAGGCUUCCACCGGGCUAGAGUAGAGCCCGUCACCACCGUCAGAAGGUCGAAGGACGGUAGGUGGCGCCGCCACCGCCGGGCCUGUGGACCCAAGUAUGGAACGGAUGGAAGUGGACCAAUGCGCAGGCGCAGCUGGUGGAGCAGGAGGCGGAGCGCUCAGGAGGUCAAAUAGCGCCCCCAUGAUCACCAGUGUCAGUGACGGGAUGACAGUCUUCAGUCCCGUGUCCUCGGCUCGGUACCGACGUAGCAGCGUGUCCAUCAACCCCUCCCAGGUGCGUAUGAGCCAGCUCGUCCCCUUGUCUCCUUUCUCUCUGAGUGGAGACAGAUCCGACCAGAAGAGACAGGAGGAGAACAUGGAGACGGCGCUCCGAGGGAGUCUGCAGAGACUGAGUCCUUCCAGUCUGAUUCCAGUUCCUCUGGUCAGUCAGUGGCAUGACCACACAGCCGUGUGGUGUCCAUCUCAGGACAGCGGCGUCACACCCAACUCGUCCCCGAGUCCCACCAGGAGGUUCAGACCUGCAGUCAGCGCCACCGUCAGAUGGCCGGCGUUAACGCCGCUGAAGAGGAAAGGAGGGGUGGAUUCAGAUGGCCCCCCAAAGAAGCUUUUUGUUGCUGGGGUAACAGACCCCACCCACCGAAGCAGCUACACCGUCAGUGUCUCCCAGUCGACGACGGACUCUCCUCCUGCAGGAAGCAUCAGUCCUCAGUCCCGCCCCCUGUCUCUGUCUCCGCCCCCACCCUUUACCUCCUUUACCACCCACCAGCACCCACACUAAAGCCCCCCAUCCUCAACCAGAGCAGUGGGCCCAUCACUGUGGACCCAUUUCACCACCAGCAGAAGGAACAUCCACCUUCAUCACACCUUAUUUUCUAUCCAAUCACCUGCCAGCAUCACUGUAAGCCCCGCAUCUUCUGGUGGACACGAAUCCAGAGAAAGUUUUCUGAUCUGCUCACCAGCUCGUCCUGUCGGCCAGUUGGAUGUUUAUCCCAGAAGUCCUUCAUCUCACCAAGCAAAGGCUUACAUGACCACGCCCCUCGUGCCGGCCACGCCCACUGUGAAUAAUAAGAGUCAACAGGAUCAAAUUUUCAAGACGUUUGCGACAUGCUGGCUGUGUCGUUGGACGGGAGGCUGUAACCCUGUUAAAACACCCUCGAUGUGGUGAAUCAGGAUUCGUCUCUGGGGAUUAUGGUGACGGGAAGCACAAAACAUUCGAGAUUCUGUCUGAGAAGUCUGUCGUAGUCUGAAGACGUUUCUGAAAAGUCCUUCUAAUUCAGGUGGGAUCAAAUCUUCGGGCUCCGAUCACACCAAUCAGUCAGGUGAUGCUGAAGUUCCAGAUUUUUUCUGGAUACCGUCUCUCAGCUUCUGACUGAUCAAACAGGAUCUUAAAGACAAGAACCCAAGAGGUGAUGAAUUACUUUCAGACUGCUGAUCCAGAUGGUUUCUAAAGGCAGGAACAUUAAAUUCCACAUCAGUUGACGUCUCCAGGAGGAAAACCCAGCAGGACUUUGCUGUUUUCUUGUAGGAGCCGUGUAAACUUCCUGAUGUUUCCUUCGGAGUGAUGCAGAAUAAUUAUCGGGUUAACGAAGUUCUCAUUCCCAUGUGGCGUUUCAUAGAGUUUCAUACACAACGCAACUAAACGUUCAGUAUCCCUGAAAAUCCAAUCGACUCUUACUAAAUGAUCUUUUAUCCAGACUAAGAAGUUUUCCUGUUUGUCCGACCCAACGGAAGCAGAGUCGAAGACAUUUCUGAUGUUUCAGGGUUGCCGAGUGCUUCUGGUUUUAAAGGCUUUAGUUUUCGUCAGCUGGUCAAACUUCGGCUGGUUGUUUUGUUUGUGGAUGACGGACUGGUUUUACGACCUGACUUCCAGUCCGUAGAACUGGUCCGUUUGUUAAUAGUGUAUCUAUAUGUGAAUAAGUGGCUGUACAGACAAACGUCGCUCUUCCCUCCUUUACAGUGCGUUUAAACUUUUUUAUUUCCCGGUUAUUUUUCUUUCUGACUGACUUGCUCCAGUUUUAUUUGAAAAUCGGCCACAUUAGCAACGUUUCCUAAAAACUGUAAAAAAAGUUUGGAGGGAAUAAAUCCAGCAGGUGGCAGCACAGGCUGCUUUCUACAUGGCUGUUUUACAGAGUCAAAACUUGAAGAAAGACCAAAAACAACCCAGUAACUGACCUCCAAAAGCAUUAGAUUGUUUCUGAGCUGUGUGCGACCGUCUCAGCUAAUAGCUGAUUAUGGUUCAAACCCCUAUAAGACUGAAAAAUGCUUCAGUAUUCUUGCUGUA